UCUACUUAGAUGCAUAUUCUUUUCAUCUUAGAUUUCAGAAAAAAAACUUCAUUAAUCUGCUUAUGCAUGUUCUUUUCCUCUUGAUUUCUUUGUAGCUGGUCAUUGUUUUACAAUUAUCAGGGUCGAAAGGGCACCACAUUAUCAUUAAAGACGGGGUUAAGUCACCACUGCAGCCCACAUCUCACGUUGACAAAGUUGUUCAGUUCGGGCUUGACCUUGGGUUGACCGCGCCAGUAAUAUCCUAACCCAAACUCAGCGUUCUGGUCCCUUCGAAUCCUCCAAGGAAUAAUUUCUCCCUAAUAUGCGGAAACGAACCCAGAAUUUUUUUUUCCUCCAAAAAAAAAAAAAGGGCGCCUGGAACGGGAAGGGGACCGCAGACGGAGUGGCAGGGGAGACGGCAGCGGCAGCGGCGGCCUUGGUGGUCGGCGGUCUGGCGACGGCAGCGGAGGGUGGAGUUCCAGUUGUUCUUGUUAGCGUUGUCGGUGCGGCCGGGGAGGAGGCGGGCGAUGGUGGCUUGUUACCGUACUCGGCGUGGAUGGCGACGAAGGUGGCGUCCCUUCGCCCCGCAACCCGCCGCCACAAACUCCAUUGUCGUCAUCUACUCUAAAAGUGCGGCGACGUCGUCUCCCUCUGCCAGAUGUUGACCAAAUGUCCCGUCUAGACUCGCCUCCUGGACGGUCAUGGUUGCCGCCUGCACGACCGAUGGCCUCCCUACCGAGGUGGUGGCUCUGAUGGCAUGGAUGCCAGAGGAGGAGCCUUCGGGACUCGGCGGGUGUUUAGGUGUACGAAAUGAGGUUAAGAGGCUGCCGUAGGAGGACAAUUGACGAUCAAGUCGCAGCCGUGGGAGAGGAGGGAGGCGUCAUCCUCUCCGCCUGAUUCUUUUUAAUUUUCUUGACGGGAGAGAGGAGCCCUUCCGCAUAUUAGGGAGAAAUCAUUCCCUGGAGGAUUCGAAAUGAUCGGAGUGCUUUGGGUUCGAUGUACCGCUAAGCUGGUACACCGGGUGUUUGAUAUAAUUUCUCCUUUUUCCUACAUCGUCUCCUCCCUCGGCGGACCAUUACUGGCGGUCUAUAAAUAGGCCUGGGUCAUGGUUGCCUCACAUGAGGCGGUGACCGUUUCAAAGCACUCCGAUCUCUGCUCCUCCCCAUCCACGGAGCCUCUUCAAUUCUCCUUCACCCAAAACAGGGAAGAAAAAUCCUCUGCCACAUGAGGGAGCGGGUGAGAGGUCCAUGUUGCUGCCCUCACCUCACACUGACCCGGACGAGGAGGAGGGGGACCCGACAUCAUGAUGGGGCAGUGGUUGGCAGAAAUGGCAGCAGAAGAACGAGAAGAAGGGAAGGCUGGGCGACGAAAACGACAAGGAAGAGUGAUGAGAAUAUUAGGAGAAAAAGGAAGAGGAAGAUGUCAGGAGGAGGAGGAGGAGGAGGAGGAGGGGAAUGAGGAAGCUGAGGGAUGCAAGGAAGAAGAUGAAGAGGAGGAGGAGGCGGGAGACUGCUUCUUCGAGUCCCUAGAUCGGGUACAGUCCAGCGUCUCGUUCGCCGUGGACAUCCCCUCCUCUGACGAUGAGGAUGAGGAGGAUGACAUGCGCAUCUCCUUCUCCUCGGCCAUCGCCCCUCCCUGCGAUUUCCGUCUCAUCUCCUUCGCCGCGCAGGAGGAGGUCGGCUGCGAGACGGACGAUGACCGAGGAGGUGGCCAGGAUUUCGACUACGACAUCUGGAUGGCGGAGUCCAUGGAGAUGUCCCUCAAGGAGCGCCGCCUUCGACUCCUGCAGGGCAUGGGCCUCACCAGCAGCAAGGACCUCGCUAGAAGCUGCAGCCGUAUCCGGAGUGGCAGAAUCCCGUCCUCCGGCUUGGCAUCGUCCCGCCUCUCGUCAUGCGUCAUCGCCAGUGACGAUGCCGCCCUGGCAGUGGAUGUCGCGGCGAAGGCGGCAUCUGCAUCCCCCGUGUCUUUUUCACUGCCCGUCAUCGCCCGAUGCAGAUCCGAUACAGAGCUGGCGGCUUCGAUGGUGCGGGGCUCGGCCUCUCCUGGGCCUGCACCUGCCCUUAUCCGUGCCGAUUCGGCCCCGCCGUCCAUAUCGGACCAACGUGGGCUCUCAAGGAUGUGGGGGAUGUUAGGACAGGAAGGAGGAGGAACAGGAACAGGAGGAAGGGACGUCGUGGAUAGCCCCAGCCUUACGCUUGCGAGCUCAAUGAGGAUAAAGAAUCUGGACACGGGCAAGGAGUUUGUGGUCAGCGAGAUUGGCAAAGACGGGACUUGGGGCAGGCUCAACGACCUGCAGACUGGGCUGCAGCUCACCCUGGAUGAGUUUGAGAAGUUCCUGGGCUACUCCCCCAUUGUCAAGGAGCUAAUGCGCAGGGUGAAUCUGGGCUGUGAAGGAAGCCACAAGAGCAGUACUAGUACCAGCAGCCAACAGGCCAAGAGCUCCAAAUUGAGUGGCAGGAAGAAGGGAGGCUGGUUCAAGAAUAUAAAAUUUGUUGCCAGCUCCAUGACCGGCCUCAUCUCAGAGAAGGACAAGGGUGAUGCCGGGUCAAAUGCAAUGGGGAAGUCAUCCAGUGGCAGCAACUCAUCGGACUGGCUUAAGGUCCAUCAGCAUGGCAAGUCCUACAAGGAGCUUACGGGCCUCUACAUGUGCCAGGAAAUUCACGCCCACCAGGGCGCCAUAUGGACUCUAAAGUUCAGCUCCGACUGGCGCUACUUGGCCAGUGCCGGCGAAGAUCGCAUCAUACAUGUCUGGCAAGUCAUCGAGUGCGAUGCCCUCUCAUCCUCCUUGCGACGGCGGGAGUCGCGGUCCUUCUCUCAUCCUCAUCAACCCAGGGCAAAUGGAUCCCUAGACCCCUCACUUCCCCUGGGGCUCCAGCCGUCAAGGAAGACGAAGAAGGGCAAGAGCAGUAAGAAAUCUAUCCCUGAGUAUGUCGUCAUGCCUGAGACCAUCUUCUCCCUCACAGAGAAGCCAGUUUGCUCUUUUGAAGGCCACUUGGAUGAUGUCCUAGACCUCUCAUGGUCAAAAUCCCAGCAUUUGUUAUCAUCAUCAAUGGACAAAACUGUUAGACUGUGGGAUAUAGAGAGCAAGGCUUGCCUAAAGUUGUUUGCCCACAAUGAUUAUGUAACAUGUAUCCAGUUCAAUCCGACAGAUGAUAGUUACUUCAUCAGUGGCUCUCUUGAUGCCAAGGUCCGCAUAUGGAGCAUACCAGACCGUCAAGUUGUUGACUGGAGCGAUCUCCAUGAAAUGGUUACUGCUGUGUGCUACACGCCAGAUGGUCAGGGUGCAUUAGUUGGUUCCCAUAAAGGAAGCUGCCGCUAUUACAAGACCUCUGAUUAUAAGCUUAACCAGGAAGCUCAGAUAGAUAUUAGGAGCAAAAAAAAGAAGUCUCAUGCAAAAAAAAUUACUGGCUUCCAGUUUGCUCCAGGCAAUCCAUCUGAAGUGUUAAUUACCUCAGCUGAUUCACAGAUUCGGGUGUUUGAUGGUCUUGAUAUGAUUCACAAAUUCAGAGGUUUCAGGAACACCAGCAGUCAAAUUUCAGCAUCAUACACCUCUGAUGGGAAGUAUGUUGUGUGUGCAAGUGAGGACUCCCAUGUGUAUAUAUGGAAGCGAGAUCCAGCACGCAGCCUUGGUGCUGGAGGGAAAAACAAAGGUUGGAGUACCACCCGAUCUCACGAGCACUUCUUUUGUAAAGAUGUCUCAGUCGCAAUCCCAUGGCCUGGUAGUGGAAGUAACUUGGGACCAACAUCACCGUCUUUGCCACUGUGGUCUAGAAGGUAUACUCAUGAACAGGGUGAGAGCAGCGAUUCCCAAAUAUCCACCACCUCUGAGGAUAACUUCCCCAUCAGCAGGAGCCAUUACCCGUCUCUUCCAAAGAAGAAUUCCUCAGAGCAGACACUUCCCUGUAUAGAUGAAUUCCACGACAUCUCUCACUUGGGAUCAGAAAUUGGCACUGGGUCAUUUGUUUCAUCUUCUUCUUCAAUGCGGUCUGGCGCGGCUUCCUCUUCGGUAUCAGAUUCUGGCAUCCUUUCAUCAUCCUUGUUAUCUUGGGGAUGGUCUGUUGGUGGCAGCAAUAGGACCAGCAAUAUCGGUGCCGCAAAUGCGUGGGGUCUAGUAGUAGUGACGGCUAGUCUGGGAGGGGAUAUCAGAAUAUACCAAAAUUUUGGCCUGCCACUUCGGCUUAGCCGGCAAACCAAUUUAUUCUAUUAAAUUACUCCCAGCUGUGUUGACGUGCCCAAAAUCCACUUGUGGCCGCAAAGAUCAGCCUUAUAUGGCUGUGCGUGAGGCAUGUGAAUUUUGAGGUUCUAGGACAUGUUCAGGCCCGAUGUGGCAGAACUGGCUCGUUCUGCGAGCAUAUUGUAUCAGCUAACACCGCACAUCAUGUUACAAAGCGCUGCUUGUUUGUAUAUAUUAGAAUAGACAUCAGCUUGGCCUUAAGAGGUAAAAUUCAGCUGUAAGAUUGGCAUUUACAUUUUUCUGAUUAGAAAACAGGACCAAGUCGCUCA